AUGCGUUUCGACGGGAUAGCCGCUCUUGCGCUUGCACUUUUCGCCUACCAUGGACAGGCCGCACCUGUUGACGAACAGGAGUCAUCGGCCUCGCAUCUGCUAGGAAAGCGUGCUGUCUGCGGAGGGGUCAAAUACAGCAACGUCGCCAUGCAACAAGGAUUCGAACAUGCCAUUGACGCGUACAAGCACAAUUCACGGUUGAAAGGUUCAGCUAAAAUGAGAUAUCCUCACAGCUUUCGCAAUGAUGAGGAGCUCAACUCGCCAUCUUGCAAGAAAGGUACGCCUGGGCUUUUCGAGUUUCCAGUCUACCCUGAUGGGAAGGCCUGGAGGCCAGGCAUGGAUCCCGGAGCCGACCGAGCAGUCGUGCGCGACCACGGAAACGGCGUUUUCACGCAGUGCCAAUUCAUGACCCAUACAGGUGCAGCCAGAAGGAACGGUUUUGCCAGAUGCUCGGCUUCUUAGUCACAUGCACGGUGUGGCAAGUCGGGAUAUGACGACCAUGCUACCAGGUAGAAAUUAGAUCGGCAAGAUACAAGAAAUGCG